AUGAGUCGAUAUGGGUGCCCGUUUUUAGCAGGGAGCUGCACGGGUGAAGACCGGAAUAGUAUCGCCGAAGUCUGCGAACGGCUUGAUCGCUGGAUGGAAGAGAUGUCACAGGCAGACUCGCCUCAGGGAUUAAGGGAGCACUACCGCGGACAAAGCUCACGAGACCGACAGGCAGAGGAGUCUCUCCACGGGACCAUAGCGGCCUUUGCAGCGAGAUGGUUAUCGCUUGUCUCUCGCGAGCCGAAUACAUCAUCGCACUACCAGAGUGUUGUUCACGAUCUCUGGCGACGUGCCCGGCGGGAUAUGCUCCGCGUGAUCAAUCGUAUUUCAUACAGAUCCAUUCUCUCCCUCUUCCUAUUUGCGUUGACCCCGGUCCCUGCGGAUAUCUCGGAAGAGGAAGAGGCGGAUGGGAUAUUCGGGCAGGUGUGCAUCCAUGCUGCCCUGCAACAGAUUCAGACGUUGCGCGCGCGCCAGCGGAGUCUGCGGUUCAAUGGGACAAAAGUGUCGCAGCCGACAAAGUCAGAAGCGAUUCCGCCGAUUCCUGAGACGGUGCGGACGACGGAUUUUAUUGCGGCGGAGAAUAUAGCGUAUUAUGCGGCAUUGACGUUUGAUACGUCUGCUUCGCUGACGCUGAAUUGUCAGUCGCUUCUUUCCUCGGGGUUGUUUGGGUUUGAGGCGGAGAUGGCGUGGAGAUUGGUUAGGGCUGGGGCCACGAUGUUUAGGGAUAAGUGGCAGGAAUGGCAGGCUGAGGGUGUUUAUGUUGUGACGGAUGACAGGGCAAACCAGAUCAUUGCCAGUGGGACAGCGUGGAAGUUGUUGACGUGGAAACUGGCGGCGAUUCUUAAGGAGGCCUUACGGGAUGGACAUGAUGAGUCCGAGGUACAGAGGGCAUUUAGCUUGGUUGUUGAAGCCAUGAGGCAGUUCAAUGAUACUUAUAAGCGACCUCUGGAGGCUUGCGAACAACGCAUGCCGUUCCUGGGGCAGCAUACAAAGUUUCGCUGGUAUUCUCUCAUGCUGCACUACCACCUGUCCAUAUUGCUAAUGGCCAACGCCAUCGAGGCAACGGACCGCCUGGACUUGCUCAGCGAAAUUAAAGAGACCAUCGCCAGCGUGGAGAGCGCCGUGGUAAACACGAUGGUAUUCGGGUUGCACAAUACCACAACCAUGGCCAUCAGCAUAGACUCUGGCGUGGUAGACCAUGUCGGCGCCACCGAGACAUCAGUCACAGUUCCUCUAAUUUCCAUCGACCCGUAUCCACAUCACGUUGUUGCCGCCGUGCAGCUCGUACAGAUUGCCAUCGACCGCGAACUGGAGCAGAGGAAGAUCACCCACAGCGGGCAUGCGAGUGUGCGGUCUGUCCUGGAACGAGCGCUGAACCAUCUCCCGCAGAGCAAGUCUGUUAAGGCGGCGAGGGAGUCGUUUUCAAAAGUGUCUCAUUAUGCUGGAGAGCCGCCUAUUCCGUAUUCUAUUUAA